GGGACUGUCUAUAAUUUUAGAAGGUGCCUCGGGACUGUCCAUAAAUCUAAAGGGUGCCUCAGGUCUGUCCAUAAUAUUAGAGGGUGCCUCGGGACUGUCCAUACUUCUAAAGAGUGCCUCGGGACUGUUCAUAAUUUUAGAGGGUGCAUUGGAACUGUCCAUAAUUUUAGAGGGUGCCUCGGGACUGUCCAUAAUUCUAAAGGGUGCAUUAGGACUGUCCAUAAUUUUAGAGGGUGCCUUGGGACUGUCCAUAAUUCUAAAGGGUGCCUCCGGACUGUCCAUAAUUCUAAAGGGUGCCUUGGGUCUGUCCAUAAUUUUAGAGGGUGCCUCGGGACUGUCCAUAAUUCUAAAGGGUGCCUCGGGACUGUCCAUAAUUUUAAAGGGUGCCUUGAGACUGUCCAUAAUUCUAAAGGGUGCCUCGGGACUGUCCAUAAUUCUAAAGGGUGCCUCAGGACUGUCCAAAAUUUUAGAGGGUGCCUCGGGACUGUCCAUAAUUUUAAAGGGUGCCUCGGGACUGUCCAUAAUUUCAGAGGGUGCCUUGGGACUGUCCAUAAUUCUAAAGGGUGCCUCGGGACUGUCCAUAAUUUUAGAGGGCGCAUUGAAAUUGUCCAUAAUUUUAAAGGGUGC